ACGCCCUGUCCUCCCGGGCUUGAGGCGUGGGUCAUGUGAUACACCCAAGAUGGCGUCGAUCAGGCUGUUUGUGUCUUUUGUGCUGCUCUCAGGAGCCUUUUGCCGGAUGGAGCCGGUGCCUCUGGUGAUUUGGCACGGCAUGGGUGAUAGCUGUUGCAAUCCCGAAAGCAUGGGUUACAUUAAAAAAAUAGUGGAGAAGAAAAUCCCAGGGAUUUAUGUUCUUUCUCUGAAGAUUGGCAGUACUUUGAUUGAGGACAUGGAGAACAGCUUCUUUAAGAAUGUCAAUGACCAGGUGACACUUGUGUGUGAUAUGCUCGCAAAAGACCCCAAACUGAAAGGCGGCUACAAUGCCAUGGGCUUCUCCCAGGGAGGACAAUUCCUGCGGGCCGUGGUACAGAGAUGUCCAACUCCCCCAAUAAUCAAUCUGAUUUCUGUGGGAGGUCAGCAUCAAGGUGUGUAUGGGUUUCCACGCUGUCCUGGUGAGAGUUCACACAUCUGUGAUUGGAUCCGAAAGAUGCUUGAUCUUGGGGCCUACACCAAGGAGGUCCAGGACCGUCUAGUACAAGCUCAGUAUUGGCAUGAUCCACUGAAUGAAGAGGAAUACAGAAAGAAGAGCCUUUUCUUGGCUGACAUCAAUCAGGAGCGAUUUGUCAACACAACCUACAAGAAAAACCUGAUGUCUUUGAACAAGUUUGUGAUGGUGAAGUUCCUGAAUGACACUAUGGUUGACCCUCCUGCCUCAGAGUGGUUUGGGUACUAUCGGAGCAACCAGGCUACAGAAACCAUCCCCCUGAAUGAGACAUUACUCUACACAGAGGAUCGCUUGGGCCUGAUGGAAAUGGACCAGGCAGGAAAGCUGGUGUUCCUGGGAGUGGAAGGCGACCACCUUCACUUUUCGAAAGAUUGGUUCUACAAAAACAUUCUGCCAUUUCUACAGUGAAGCUGAUGGACUGCUGACGGAAUCUAGGAUUUUCUAAGAAAGUCACUUGUUGGCAGCAAUUUUUGUGGCAUCUUGGGCCUAGCUGGCAUUUCAUCUUGUCUUGCCUAGAGGGAGAAAGCAUUGCCACUAACUUGCUAGAUGCUGGUUUAAGCAUUAACACAUUUUUACUUAAACUACGCACCACGACUGCUUUAACACAAAACGAUCUUACUUUUAGAAUAGUGAAUUAUGAGUGGCUUCUGGAUGGCUUUGGACUGCAGUUGUCAUUAACCUUAGCCAGCAUAACCUGUGAGGCAGGAUCUUAUCAGCUGCAGUCCAGCUUUUGGAAAGUUCUAUAUUCCCCUCCCUCAUCCAGAGGUUUCCUAGGCCAUAAACCUUCCUUUUGGAUUGUAGUUGUUAAUCCUACUGCCUGCAUAAGGCACCAAAGUGAUAAACUUUAAAUGAGGCACCAGCUAAUAUUACCCUUUAAGCUUCAUCUCAGUAUUUGUUUGAGGGCACUUCUGCCCUGUGUGCCAAAAACAAGGCCCAAUUAAUUUGCUGCAGAGGAAAAAUCCUUAUGUGGUGCUUUUUGGUGUGACUUCCAUUGUUUUGUCAGCAAAAAGAAAUCCAAACACUUAGGCUGAGCAGAGUGAAUCUAAUGUAGCCUGCUAAAUCUUGUAGAAUACUCGGGGAUGAGAUAGCUAGUAUCUCUUUCGAGGGAGGAGAAUUGCACUGAGCCUUGGGUGGUUAGUAUACAUUACCUUAGGUGAUACGGAGAGUAACUUGAAAGCAGGACAUAAAAGGUUGAGACAUGAAGCAUUUGAUUAAAUAUGCAGGAAAGACAAAGUUAAACUAGAGCUCUAUCUUAGGUGCAAAAGCUACUUAGAGCAGUGUGUGGAAAACGGUGGGGUAUACUGUUCAGAUGUUGUAGUUUUAACUUUUCUGUAUUAUGUUUUAACAAGGAGCACCAUAUGAACGUGUUGCCACUUGACACAUUCCAGUAAAAAACUUUGGAUCAUG